AUGUAUAUGGGUGAUCCACUGCAAAUUGUGUAUGGUUUAUUCGACACAGGAAGUAGUUUGUCAUGGUUCAAAUGUAAUCAGCCUAUAGAAAGAUUAGAGGGAUACGAUUACUUUAACCAAACACAAUCAGCUAGCUAUCGUAUUAUAAGUUGUACUGACGAGCAAAGGUGCGACAUUGAAAAAGGGUAUCCGUAUAUCAAAGGUUGUGACGAUGAUACACAAGGGUGUAAAUUUGAUAUUACGUAUGAAGAUGAAGAUUGGACUACCGGGCAUCUUUCUACGGAUCACACCACAUUUAGAAUCGGUUAUUUUAUGACAUUGGCACAAUUCAGGUUUGGGUGUAGUUAUCUUGACACCACCAAAUUGCCGGGGAUUAUAGAUGACCCAAAGUUUUCGUACUGCAUAUCAAGUGACCUAAGUCAAAUCAAUGUCGUCUUAUUUGGUCCUGAAGCAAGGAUCCAAGGCCAACCCGUAAAAAUGUUAAGAAACACCAACUCUGAUUUUUAUUAUAUUGAAGUCCUUGCCAUCGGAGUGAAUAAUGAGAGGUUAGAUGUGCCACCAUCAGUAUUCCAGAUGUCGAAAUCCGGGACAAGAGGCUUCAUCAUAGACUCAGGCACCGCCUCAACUUGGUUAACCUCGGAGGCUUACGACACCAUGAUGAAGAAGAUGGUGCAAUUGUUUGGUCCUCCGGUCCAGUACACGAUCAAUGGUACCCAACAGUUUGAAAUAUGUUAUGAGAGUGGAAAGUUUGUUGAUGGGAGACCUCCUGUUAUAGGAUUCGAGUUCGAGAAUUAUUUGUUAGAGAUCAAGGAGAGUAAUAUGUGGUAUAAGAUACCCAGUUCCACCUUGCAAUGUUUAAGUAUACUUAACGGACAAAACGACACCAUAUCCAUGCUUGGAAGUAAUCAACUUCUUGAUGUUAAUGUUGGGCAUGAUCCUAAUAAGGGACUCUUGUAUUUUGAUGAUACGAUCAAAUGCCCUAAUCCUUUUGUAUUUUUGAAAUAA